AUGCCCUCCCCCGACAGCGCCCACCAGCUCACCGUGUUCCGCGGCUCGCCGCCCACCAACGCCUACGUCUGGUCCCCGUUCGUCACAAAGCUCGAAGCCAGGCUGCGCUUCGGCCGCGUCCCGUACCACCUGGGCGGGGGCUCUCCCCGGUCCGGGCCCAAAGGAAAAAUACCCUACGUCGAGGUCGCCGCCCCCGACUCCGGCGCGCCAGUCGCAACGGGCGACUCGACGCUCAUCAUACGCAGCCUCGUCGCGGCCGGCGCGCUGCCCGACCUCAACGCCGGGCUGCCGCCCGCCCAGCGCGCCCACGACCUCGCCAUCCGCGCCCUGCUCGAGGACAAGGUCUACUUCUACGGGGCGCGCGAGAAGUGGCGCGACAACUACGCCGAGAUGCGCGACCACGUCCUCGCGCAUGUGCCGUGGCCGCUGCACCUCGUCGCCGGCUGGCUGGCGCGCCGCGCCGUCCUCGGCGGCCUGUACCAGCAGGGCACGGGGCGCCUGGCGGACGACGAGGUGCGCCUGCUCGCGGAGGAGGCCUGGGACGGCGUCAACGCCCUGCUGACGGAGUCGGUCAAGACGGCGAGUCGCCGGCGGACAAGGACAAACGACGACGACGCGCCGUUUUGGGUGCUGGGCGGUGAUGAGCCCACCGAGGCUGAUGCGACUCUUUACGGCUUCAUUGCUGGCGCUCUGGUCUGCACCGCGUGA